AUGCCAUCCAAUUACUUUUUGAGAUUUGGAAAGAUUUUGGGGAAGGAAACUGGAUUUCAGGACACUGCUCAAGUUUUUAUUGGACAAGGGAAAUUGUGGUUUGCUAGUUCUAAGUUUUUUCAUUCUGUGAAUAAAUCGAGUUCCUCGUUAUUCGAGGCAACCCUGUUUGUGCGUCCCGGGAUUGCCUUAGCUUCUAGUUCUGAAUUUGUUGGCAAAAGAAGGACAUUGUCUGUUGUUGAUACGGUAUCUAGAACGUUUUCGGUACCUUCUGUAUCGGGGCCUUCCAUACAGGUUUGUGGUUAUCAUAUUGAUUGUGCUCUUUCUGGACCGGGCAAGUUUUCAGCUGGCCGCAAGUUUCGGAUUAAAAGAAUGGCUGCCUGCUUACCUGGGAUAGCUGGUGGUGGAGGCUCUUUAGAUUACUUGACUCCGAAGCGUGGUCGUGGUCUGUUGGUAACUAAGAGUAGCAACAGUGUCUAUUUUAACACUGGUUUGGGAAAUGGUGGAAGAGUGAGCAUGAGUUUGAAUAACCAUCAGCGGCCAGAUAAUAGUGCAAUUUUUGGCUAUUUUGUUUGUAAUGUUGCAAAAAGUUGGUGCAGUUCUUUCAGUUUUACGCAGUCGGGGAAAGGCGAUUUCCAUAGUUCGUCAACGUCAUGCAACUCUGUUGGCCCUGCUCAUGAUGCCCCUUUGGACACUACUUCCCGUGAGGAGAAGAAGCUAACGAAUUCUGCAGAUUCAUCUGAACUGAAAACUCCUUCUGGGAAAACCCUGAAGCUGGUAUCGGGAUCAUGUUACUUGCCUCAUCCUGAUAAAGAAGAAACCGGUGGAGAAGAUGCUCAUUUUAUAUGUUCUGAAGAACAAGCUGUAGGAGUGGCUGAUGGUGUUGGUGGCUGGGCAGAUCUUGGUGUUAAUUCUGGAUUUUACUCUCGCGAGCUCAUGUCCAAAUCAGUGGAUGCUAUUCGAGAUGAGCCCAAAGGUUCUGUUGACCCAGCUAGGGUGCUGGAAAAAGCACACUCAAGUACUAAAGCCAAGGGUUCAUCCACAGCAUGCAUCAUUGCUCUUACUGAUCAGGGGCUUAGUGCCAUUAAUUUGGGAGACAGCGGCUUUAUGGUUAUUCGUGAUGGUUGCACCAUAUUCCGAUCUCCAGUGCAGCAACAUGAUUUCAAUUUCACCUAUCAGUUGGAAUAUGGUAGCAAUAGUGAUAUACCUAGUUCUGGUCAGGUUUUUACAGUUGCUGUUGCUCCUGGUGAUGUCAUAGUCGCUGGUACGGACGGGUUGUUUGAUAACCUAUACCAUAAUGAGAUUACAGCGGUGGUGGUCCAUGGUGUAAGAGCUGGCUUAAGCCCUCAGGCCACUGCUCAGAAGAUAGCUGCAUUGGCACGUCAACGCGCACUGGAUAAAGACAGGCAGACUCCUUUCUCAACUGCUGCUCAAGAUGCUGGAUUUCGUUACUAUGGUGGCAAGCUUGAUGAUACCACAGUUGUAGUUUCAUAUAUUAGGGGUUCUGAAGUUGCGUAG